AUGGGUAAGCGUAAGAACAAGGAAACUAUUGAACAAAUAGUUAAAAAGCUGAGAACUGAUAAAGAACAGUCGAAUGACAACGAGGGGGAAGCCAGCAGUAAGACUCAUGAGGUCGAUCCGACUCAGGAGUCUAUAUCCUCCUCGGACUCAGAGCAUGAACUGCCUGAACAAACAGAGGAUGACGGAAAGGCCGAUGAGGCAAAAGACGACAAGGAGAACGAAGCUGUAUUGAGUGAAGAGGAGGACUUACCUGAAGAGCUGGCAAACAUUUUGGGUGAAGAUCCAUCUAAGCUAAAAGCGUUCGAAGCUCCAAAAAUUAACACGGCAAUUGAAGCAAAAUUGUCUGCAAGUGCAAAGAAACGCGACACCUUCCGGGUAGAAGCGCAGAAUUCGAUCGGUUCGGCUGUGAUGGCGGUUGGAGCGGUGGCGUCGACUCUUAUAUCGGAGACAGAAAGCAUCGAUCCUAGCUGA